AUGCAAGUGGAUAUCUGGAAGAAAAGUGAUCCAGCAGAUGGAACAUCAAGUUCAAACCCUGAGUGCAAUUUGUAUUCUUGGAAGCAUGAAUUGAGAACAGCCACAAGUGCUGAUUGUGGCAAAUGUGCUGCUGUAAAGCUGGGCUACAAAGACAGCCAUUUUGUCCUGUCUGUCCUUUUUACUCUGGCCAUUCUUCCCGUGUAUUGUAUUCUAGAAACGUACAUUUCAGAGCUGAAAGCCUCUAUUGCUGUGUCAGCCUGUUAUGAUGCUCUCUCUUACAUCCUGGCUGCUGGAAUCCUCAAUACUAAAGUGAAAUAUUCAAGGCUCUCCAGCACAGAUAAUGGCCACAUUGACCUUCAGUUUAAGAAAAGCCCUCCUGGGAUCCCAUAUAAGGUCAUUAUGCUUGCUACAGCCCUGGUUUGGAUUGGUGCCUUUCUCAUUGCCAUAGGCUCCCUUCUGCUGGUGGGCUAUAUCAGCGAAAGUGGGGAGUGGGGGGAGGGAAAACAGGCUUGUCCAGUCCUGAUCCUUGGCACCCUGGUGCUCCUGCCAGAAUUUUACCACCUGCGCAUGGCCUACUAUGCAUCCAAAGGCUACCAGGGUUACCCCUACGAUGACAUUCCAGAUUUUGAUGAGUAG